UCACAUGGAGCCAGCCCCCUUGCGUCCUUAAACACUAAGAUCAUCCCUCGCUUCCAAAUGCUGAUGUAGUUUACAGUGAGAGAACCGUCGGAAAUAGUGGUUUUCAAAUAUUAAUGUUCAUAUUUUCAGUCAAACUUUUAGAAGUUUGAUUGCAAGAGAAAUACACCUGCUUUUUUAAAAAUGAAAUUGGCAGUUGAGAUCUGAAAGCAAACAGCAAAGUAAUCUUUCCCAAGUCUCGUUGCGGAUGUUUCACCACCGGAGUAUUUUUCUUGUGGCACACGGGUCUUGCUUUUGGAUUCAUCCAACAUGUCUAGUUCUUACAGAAUCAGAAUCCAGGAGUUCAAGGUGGCCUUGAGUGAAGAUAAGCUUGACUUAAAGGUGCUUCGGGAACUUUGCUUCAGCGGUAUCCCGUUUGAAGGAGGCAUCCGUGCACUUUGCUGGAAAGUCCUGCUCAAUUACCUGCCUUUGGACCAGAUGAUAUGGGAGUCCUUCCUCAAAAAGCAGAGGGAGGUGUACUCCCAGUUCCUAAAGGAGAUGAUCAUCCAACCAGGCAUCGCUAAGGCCAACCUGGGCCUCUCCAGAGAGGACGUGACUAUGGAGGACCACCCUCUCAACCCCAACCCAGACAGCAAGUGGAACAACUACUUCAGAGACAAUGAGGUGCUGCUACAGAUUGAUAAAGAUGUUCGGCGCUUGUACCCCGACAUGGCGUUCUUCCAGCGGCCAACAGGCUACCCCUGCCAGCUGAUCCUGGACCCCCAGAACGACUACGAGACACUCAGGCGCCGUGUGGAACAGACUACCCUCAAGGCCCAAACUGUGGACCGCAACCGCAGCGGGGUCACCAAUGUGAGCUCCCCGGGCAAGGCCCUUAACCUGUACCCGUCCAACGAGUACGAGGUGCUGCCCAGCGGCUGCGAGGCACACUGGGAGGUGGUGGAGCGAAUCCUGUUCAUCUACGCCAAGCUCAACCCGGGCAUCGCCUACGUGCAGGGCAUGAACGAGGUGGUGGGCCCUAUCUACUACACCUUUGCCACCGACCCCAACAACGAGUGGAAAGAGCACGCCGAGGCAGACACCUUCUUUUGUUUCACCAACCUGAUGUCAGAGAACCGGGACAUGUUCAUCAAGAGCCUGGACGACUCGCAGUGCGGCAUCACCUACAAGAUGGAGAGCGUCUACUCCAUGCUCAAGGAGAAGGACAUGGACCUCUAUAUGAAACUGCAGGAGCAGAACAUCAAGCCACAGUACUUCACCUUCCGCUGGCUGACCCUGCUGCUGUCCCAGGAGUUCCUCCUGCCCGACGUCAUCCGCAUCUGGGACACGCUCUUCUCCGACCAGGACCGCUUCGACUUCCUCAUCCUGGUCUGCUGCGCCAUGCUCGUACUGAUUCGAGAUCAGUUGCUGGCAGGAGACUUCACGGUCAACAUGAGACUGCUGCAGGACUACCCCAUCUCAGAUGUCCACACCAUCCUGGCCAAGGCCAAGGAGCUUCAGGGUGGCUCAUAGCCACCCCUCCCCCUAUCUCCCUUUCCUGGAUUUGGGGGAUGCACCAUUGAAACUGGUAACCCUAGGUGACAACAAGGCCCCAUUUCACCCUGGGAGGGAGAGGAAGCCACCUGGUGCCGUGGUGGUGCACGGUUUCCUCAAAGCAACCAAACGUAAUACUUAGUCUUCUUGUCUCACUCUCACGGCCCGACAGUAUUUCCACUCUCUCAGAGAGGGUGUGUGGGCUCAAGCUAUUUAUUUUUGCACUGAACACUUGAAAAAAAUGACAAUCUACAUAUAUGAAGCAGAGAAACCAGUUACCCAUACAACAGCGUCAUUAUAACGUUUGUCAGUGCUAUUAUAACACUCCUAGGUUAUUUUAAUAGUAUGUUUUUUUUCUUUCACUUUGUUUAUUUUUGAACAUGGUUAUUUUUUAUUGUGGAGCUCUUACGAAAGACGAAAUGUAAUACUAUCGUGUAAAGUCUAACAACAACAAAAAAUUAGUAUAGAUUGUAACUAGGAUCAUAUGCCUUUGGUAAUGGGCAAUUGAAACGUGAAGGUCCUCUGUUUGUUUUCGGUUAAACUCAGUCUGGCCAGUUUAAAGCCAGCCACUUGAAUCUCCAAUAUUAAUGUAUGUUUGCAAAAUGUUGGUAUCAAAUGAAUGGGGUGUGAAACCUGUACCUUACUCACUAACCCAAAGUGCAUGCUUAUACGUUAGCCCAAAAGCUAAUGAAAAAACAAAUGAACCCUUGAUUGUCUUAAAUCUAGUCUUAGGGGGAAAUUGAUACAGUGAUGAUGAUGAUGGUCUAUUUUAUUGUAAGGGCAUUACUUUGCAAACAAAACAGUCAGAUUAAAUUGGGCAUUCAAGUUUUUAAUAUAUUUUGAGUAAUUUCUUAAUAUAUUGUGAGUAAUUUCUGGUCGCAUUAAAAAAGUGGUUCACAUGUAAAGCAUAAUAAAUUGAACAUUAAUGGCAUGUUAAGUGAAGAAUAACACAUUUUGCUCUGCAUACUGUUGGAUAAUUAGAGAGAACAAAUUAUUGAUGAUAAUAACUAAAUAUGUAUAAUUAAUGACAUUAAAAUGCUAUGAUAACA